CAUAAUUUGGAGCGCAUUUUAUAUGGUGCGCUACUUAACCACAGAUAUCUGGAUUCUAAGAUUCUUGUUUAGUCUCUUUUCUCCUGAUUGUAUAUUUAACUGGAAAGAAUUAAUUUUCAUCAUCAUGGAUGAUCAACAUCAAAUGCCAUGUUGGUAUUACGAGAAAGAAGAAUUAUAUAAAACACCAUCAUAUUAUGAUAAUAUUGAUCAUGAAACAGAGACAAGACAUCGUCGUGAAGGUGCAAGAUUUCUAUCAGCUGUCAGUACAAAAUUAAAUCUACGCUAUGAUACAUGUGCUACAGCUAUUGUAUUCUUUCAUCGGUUCUAUAUGUUUCAUUCUUUCAAAGCAUUUCCACGUUAUGUAAGUAUAAAGUCUAUCUCUGUGUUUGUUUAUAUAAUUGUGUGUUUCCUAGGUGACAGCAGCUUGUUGUUUAAUGUUAGCUGGUAAAGUGGAAGAAACACCGAAAAAAGUUCGUGAUAUUGUUAAAACAGCUAGAUCAUUAUUAUCGGAUGAAGAUUUUAAACAAUUUGGAAAUGAUCCAAGGGAAGAAGUUAUGGCCUAUGAACGUGUUUUAUUAAAAACAAUAAAAUUUGAUUUACACGUCUCACAUCCAUAUUCAUACCUGUUACAGUAUGCUAAACGAAUAAAAGGUAAUCAAGAGAAAUUAAAGGAAUUAGUUCAAAUGUCAUGGUCAUUUAUUAAUGACAGUUUAGCAACAACCUUAUGCUUACAAUGGGAACCUGAAAUAGUCGCUUGUGCUGUCCUAUAUUUAGCUACACGUAUGAGUAAAUUUGUUAUAGAAGAUUGGGAAGGCCGUCAACCAGGUCAACGUUGGUGGGAAUGUUUUGUUGAAGGAAUGAGUACUGAAGUUAUGGAGGAUAUUUGUCAUAAAAUUUUGGAUUUAUACCCUGCGGAUGGAAAUACUAAUGACGAUCAAUUUGACAGUGCCAAUGUCACCGCAAACAAUGGCAGCAGUUCUACUACAUCUUCGAGUAACCUUGUCGUCGGUAGUAGUAGUAGUAGACAUCAUGAGCACGCAUCGUUUCAUAAUACUCUACACCAUGAUGUGAAUAAGUAUCAUGGAGUAAGUAGCAGUAGAAGUGUUGGUGGUGGCGCUGCUGGGAGUAGUAGUAGCAGUAGACAUCGUGGAAGUGAAGCUAUCAGAGGAGUAAGAGGUGGAGGCGGCGGUGGCGGAGAACCACCAGCAAAACGACAAGCUUUCAUGCGUUCAACAAGUGCAAGUGAUUACAUCUAUCCAACUGCUGUAUAUCCUGGUGCGUCAGCUAGUGGUACUAUCUCGUUGGGUGUAGAGAAUACAAUGCUAAAGCAUAUGUCAUAUCAUUCAUCAAUGCACUAUCGUCUACCGUCUGGAUCAAGUGUAAAUAGUAACCAUAGUAACAAUAAUUUGAAUGUAUAUAAAUAAAGAUGUAUAUACGUCCGAAUUUUACUGUACCAUUGGAAGUAUUCAAUUGCAAUUUCUAUACAUCAUUGUGGAUACCACUGUGUACAGAAAGCUGUAAAUGGAGGCUGUCUCAAUCACACACACUGCAGAGUCCUGAUAUUCGUCAGUUGACUGUCUCUCUGUCUCUCUCCGUCUCUCUGCGUAUCUCUCACUACCUACCUCUCAGGCAGAUGUUUCUUUAAUCUCUUCUUGUUUUUUCUUUCUUUGCUUUUAUAUGCAGAAUGUGUUUUAUAAUAUUUUUAUUAAUAAUUUUCUCUUACUUUUCAUGUACAUAUUUCUUUGCUUUGUGAUUUCAAGUAAUACAUGUUUUCUCGUCUCUUUUGAAUG